UGCAUUUUUGAUUUUAAUCUUCUUUUUUUUUCACGUAUUUCUUAUUUUUAGACACUUUACUGUACAUAUAACAUGACUACUGACAAUAUCUCACUAUGGAAGAAUCGACUUCAAAACUUAACGGACUUACAGGUCCCUACAGAUUAUCCAAGGCCAUUAUCUGCUCGUACAAUUGAAGAAGUCCAAACAUUCGAUCUCUCUGAACAGACUUUGAUGAGCCUUGUUCAAUUCUCCAUGACAUCUGCUCGUCCUACCGCUUUCUCUGUUAUAUUGGCUGCCUUUUCUGUUCUUCUUCAACGUUAUACUGGCGAUGAAGAAUUCGCUAUUGGUACUUCUUCUCCUAGUGGGAAUCCUCUUUUACUACGUCUUCAUGUGGAUCCCACAACCACAUUGAAUAAUGUUAUUGAGAUGGUCACAAAGGUUGAGCAAGAAGCAUUGAGCCAGGAAGUCCCUUUUGAUCAACUGUCUGAAGCUGUAUACGAAGGCACUGAUCCUGAGAGUAGACGCCCUCUUUGUCGCGUUCGAUUCUAUAACCAAAUUGAUCAACCUUCUGAACAGCAUUUGGCCAACACAUCUGCUACUUCUGAUCUGACUGUCUUUAUUUCUUCUCCCGAACCAACAGCAUCGCUUCGUUCUUCUGUGUUGCGUCCUGUCUCUAUUUCUAUUGUCUACAACCAGAUCUUGUUCACUCCCAAGCGUAUUCAAUACAUAUUUUCUCAAUUGGCUACUGUGAUUGACACAGCUAUCAAAUCUCAAGAAUUGCCAGUAGGUCAGAUUCCUUUAUCCGAUGCUGGUUUGCCCGGAUCACCACUUCCUGACCCUACUACUGAUUUACAUUGGUCACAAUGGAGAGGUGCUAUCACUGAUAUCUUUUCUGCUAAUGCUCAGAAGCAUCCAGAUCGUACUUGUAUUGUUGAGUCUUCAGAUGAUGCUGGCAUUACUACAUAUAACUAUCAACAAAUUCAUUAUGCAUCAAAUACGGUAGCUCAUUACUUGAUUGCUAAUGGUAUUCAAAGAGAAGAUGUGGUCAUGAUUUAUGCUUACAGAGGCGUUGAUCUUGUUGUUGCCAUCAUGGGUGUUCUCAAGGCUGGUGCCACUUUUAGUGUGAUUGAUCCUGCUUAUCCUCCUACUCGUCAGGAAAUCUACCUUUCUGUCGCCAAACCUCGCGGUUUAAUUGUCUUGCAAGAAGCUGGAAAGAUAGCUGAUUCUGUCAGACAAUACAUCAAGAAGGAACAAGACAUUAUUUGUGAAAUCCCCAAUCUCAAGCUUGGCAAGGAUGGUCGUUUAUCAGGCAGUUUAGAAAACGAAACAGACCUGCUUGAUAGCGUACGUCAAAAGGAAUCUCAAGCGACAGGUGUUGUUAUUGGUCCUGAUAGUAUUGGUACCUUGAGUUUCACAAGUGGUAGUACUGGUAUUCCUAAAGGUGUCAGAGGUAGACACUUUUCCUUGACCCACUUUUAUCCCUGGAUGGCCGAAACCUUUGGUCUUUCUGAAAAGGACAAAUUCACCAUGCUUUCUGGUAUUGCUCAUGACCCUAUCCAACGUGAUAUCUUUACUCCUCUUUUCUUGGGUGCUGAGUUACAUAUUCCUACCUCUGAAGACAUUGGUAUUCCUGGACGCCUUGCUGAAUGGAUGAACAAUUCCCAAGUCACUGUAACUCACUUGACACCAGCCAUGGGUCAACUCUUGUCUUCCCAUGCUCAAGUUGAAAUUCCAUCUCUUAUCAAUGCCUUCUUUGUGGGUGAUAUCUUGACCAAGCGUGAUGCUGCUCGUAUUCAAAAGUACGCUCCCAAUGUAGCUGUGAUCAACAUGUACGGUACUACAGAAACGCAACGUUCUGUUUCUCACUUUAUUGUCCCUGCUCGCUCUUCUCAUCCUGCUUUCUUGAGUAUCCAAAAGGAAGUUAUUGCUGCUGGUAAAGGUAUGGUCAACGUACAGCUCUUGGUUGUCAACCGUCAAGAUCGUACAAAGAUGUGUGGUGUAGGUGAAAUCGGUGAAAUUUAUGUCCGUGCACCUGGUCUCUCUGAAGGUUACCUCCGUUUGCCUGAAGCCACUGCUGAAAAGUUCAUUCCCAACUGGUUUGUAGCUGAACCUCUUAAGGAUGAUGGUCAAGACGAGUCUUGUGUAGAAGGCGAUGCCUGGAAAGAAUUUUAUCUGGGUAAGCGUGAUCGUAUGUAUCGCUCUGGUGAUUUGGGUCGUUACAGACCUGAUGGUAAUGUGGAGUGCACUGGUCGUGCUGAUGAUCAAGUCAAGAUCCGUGGUUUCCGUAUUGAAUUAGGUGAAAUUGACACCCAUCUAUCUCAACACCCUUACGUACGUGAAAAUGUUACUUUGGUCCGUCGUGAUAAAAAUGAAGAACAAACCUUAGUUGCUUACUUUGUUCCCAACUUGACUGCUGCUGAUGCCGAAUUUGCUAGUGCUACUGAAGAAGAGGAUGAUGACCAUGAUACAAAUGAUAUUCGUUCAAGCCAUCAUUUCCGUCGUUUGAUCAAACAUAUUCGUGAUUAUUUGAAGCAAAAGCUCCCUACGUAUGCUAUUCCUGCUGUCUUUGUUCCUUUAGUCCGUAUGCCAUUGACACCCAAUGGUAAAGUAGACAAGAACGCAUUGCCUUUCCCUGAUACAGCUCAAUUCAACAAGGCUGCUCCUGUUUCCAACACCACAACAACGCUUCCUGAAAUGACGCCCAAUGAGGCUACUAUUCAUGCUAUCUGGAAGAACCUCUUGCCUUCUUCUGAUCCUGUGAUUGGUGUUAAUGAAAACUUUUUCGAUAUUGGUGGUCAUUCAUUAAUUGCUACUCGUCUUAUUUUCGAAAUCAGACAAACAUUCCAAGUUGAUGCUCCCCUUGGUCUUGUCUAUGCUGAACCUACCAUUGCUGGUCUUGCUCGUGAAGUAGACAAGUUGCAAAAUGGUCAUAUUAUGAAUGAACGUGACAUUGAACAACACAAGGAGCAACAGGCUGAAAAGAAGGAAGAAGUAGACUAUGCUGCUGAUUUGGAACCUUUAGCCAAAGAAUUCCUUCAAACAUCUUAUCCUUCUUUAGCUGCUCAUGGCGAGGGCCGUACAUUUGUUUUGACAGGUAGCACUGGUUUCUUGGGUGCUUUUAUUCUUGACAAGCUCCUUGGUUAUGCUGAUACAAAGAAAGUAAUCUGUGUUGUGCGUGCUAAAGAUGCUGCUGGUGCCUUUGAACGUGUGAAGAAAGCCGCUGUUGAUCACUUAGUAUGGAAGGACGAUUGGGAAAGUCGUAUUGAUGCUGUCUGUGGUGACUUGGCUAGUGAUCGACUUGGGCUAUCUGACGAAGAUUGGAAUCGCUGUAUUUCCUCUGCAGAUGCUGUUGUCCACAAUGGUGCUCUUGUUCACUGGGUCUAUCCUUACCAACAGCUCCGUGGUCCUAAUGUGAUUGGUACUCUUUGGGCUAUGCGCUUGGCUUCUGAACACCACCAAAAGUCAUUCCACUUUGUUUCUUCUACUUCUGUGCUCGAUACACCUGUCUAUCUCGAAUCUGGCGCCCUUGUUUCUGAAGACAAUAACCUUGAAGACAGUCGUGUUGGUCUUGAAAAUGGUUAUGGCCAAAGUAAAUGGGUUUCUGAAAAGUUGAUUUUGGAAGCUAGAAAGCGUGGUAUGCCCGCUACAAUCAUUCGUCCAGGCUAUAUUUUGGGUGAUUCUCGAUCUGGUGUGACCAAUACAGAUGAUUUCAUCUGGCGCUUGAUGAAGGGUUGUGUUGAACUUGGUUUCUUGCCUGCCAUGUCCAACGACAUCAACUGUUGCUCUGUUGAUUACGUUGCUUCUGUUGUUGCCGGUGCCGCUUAUCAUGAUCAAGAAUCUACUGAACGUGGUGUUCUUCAAGUGACACAUCCUGCUGGCUUCACUUACAACAGCAUGUUUGGCUCUUUGCUUACUUAUGGUUACCAAAGCCAGCAAACAGAAUACAUUGACUGGAGAAACAAGUUGAUGGAAUACACACUCAAGUCUCAAGACCAUUCCCUUUUCCCUCUUCUUCACUUUGUACUUGAUGAUUUACCUACUUCUACUAAGAGUGCUCAAUUAGAUGACACCAAUACUCAGGCUAUUUUGGCAUUAGAUGGUGUCAAGCAGCCUUUGAUGGGAGAUGAAUUGUUGGGUCUUUACCUUGCUUACUUGGUCAAGGUUGGAUAUAUGCCUUCACCUGCUCCUGGUUAUCGUGCCUUGCCUGACUUAAAGGCAGAAGUAACAUUAUUGGCCCGUAGUGGUGCUAAGCAUUAAAUCAUACCUCUUUUUGUAAAUAUUGUUAAAUAAACUGAUCUAAUUAAGUUGACACAAAUCAUACUGCUUAAAAUCAACUGUAA